GAGACGCCUUUAGGACCCAGCAGGCGGCGGCAGGCGGCAGUUGUGUAGAUGACUGAGAGACUACGAGGGUCCGGUUCAGUUUUAAUUCUCUCUCUAAUCUCUGCAACAGCAGUGCUUCCAGGGUCCCGUGGCUCCCGCGCGGGCUCAGUCGCUGCCGGCAGUCGGGCGAAAAUCAGAGCCGUCUCCGCCUCAGCACCCACCAUGGAAACCAUCCAAGAAAAAGUGGCUCUGGACGCGCGUGCCUGAGGAUUCCGCACAAAAGAAGUGCCCAAAAUGAAGACCCUGAUGCGCCAUGGUCUGGCAGUGUGUUUAGCGCUCACCACCAUGUGCACCAGCUUGUUGCUCGUGUACAGCAGCCUUGGCGGCCAGAAGGAGCGGCCUCCGCAGCAGCAGCAGCAGCAGCAGCAGCAAACGCCGGUGACCGGCAGCGCGCAAACCGCAGCGGAGAGGGGGUGA